AUGCACUCCCGAAAAUCAAUAUUGUUUGGUAACGAUUCAACAUGGACCAAGAAAAACUCGGAUGACAUGUUUGACGUUACAAUGAGAAGCUUUGACGGGGCCGAAAUAUGCCAACUUGUCAGAUCCUUCGUCCUCUCCUCCCUCAUCCCAAUACUCGGCAAAACCAAAGUCAGUCUCUACCGAGAUGAUGGCCUCGCCGUCAUGAACAGUUCAUCACCAAGACAAUGCGAUAAAAUGAGGAAAAAUAUUAUAUCUAUCUUCCACGCGUUCGACCUCCGCAUCACCAUACAGGCAAACAUCCACACCACCAACUUCCUCGAUGUCACACUCAGCCUACAAAAUGGGUCCUUCAAGCCUUACAGCAAACCAAACAACCAGCUACUCUACAUCAACAGCAAAUCCAACCAUCCCCCAUUUAUCCUGAAACAAAUUCCCGCAUCUAUUAACAGACGCAUAUCCAAUAUAUCUGAUUCCAGUGAAUCAUUCCAUCAGGCCGCCCCUGACUACGAACAAGCUCUACAAAACAGCGGAUUCCAGCACAAAAUGGAAUACCAGACUCCACAACCAAAAUCUUCAAAGAAAAAUAGAAGAGUGCCUUUUCCGAAGAAUUUUCUGACGAUUGCAAAAACAAUACUUAAACGGCUUUUCCGAGUGUAUGCGCACAUCUACCAUCAGCAUUUCCAAGAAGUUGUAAGGCUUGGUGAGGAGGCUCAUCUAAACACAUCUUUUAAACACUUCAUCUUCUUUGUUCAAGAAUUCAAUCUAAUCGAUCGAAAAGAACUUGCACCCUUACAAGAACUUAUCGAGAGGUUGUCAGGGAAGUAA